AUGCGGUUUAGCAGGGGCUUGCCAGCUAGCUCAUUUCAAGAAAGCAAACAAGUGCCCGUAAGGCGUUCCUCUAGUAAGGCACCAUCACCAGCGCACAUGAGAAAAGGCCGUUGUUGCAUAGCUCAGGUGCCGUUCAAUUUCUCUGAUAUCUUUGAUGAAAAGAGGUUUAUCAGUUCUCUUGCUGAUGAUAUAAAAAUCAUCAAGAAACUUCCCAAGAAUCUGGCUAAUGCAACCAAAAUGGUGAAGCAGUUCAAAAGCUGGUCUGGUAUAGAGUACUAUCAAAAAGAGAUUUCAGCCCUUUGGGAUGAUUUCAAAGUUAUUCAAGCUUCCAAAACCGAUUCUCGAUUAGCGAAUAACAAUCUACCUCUAGAUAUUCAAAAGCUUCGUUGUCGUGCUUGUUUUGAAGCUCUUCGUUUCUCUCCUCGCAUUGAAAAGAUGGGAAAAUUAUUGGUGGAGAGGAUGAGAUCAUUUGGUCCUUAUAUCACAUUACACUUACGUUACGAGAAGGAUAUGCUUGCAUUUAGCGGAUGCACGCAUGAUUUAUCAACUUCUGAGGCCGAAGAACUACGAAUUAUCAGAGAGAAUACUACUUAUUGGAAAAGAAAGCAUAUUGAUCCUACUGAAGAGAGGUCUAAAGGGAAUUGUCCCUUAACUCCAAAGGAAGUUGGAAUUUUCCUUAGUGCUCUUGGAUAUCCUACAAGGACUCCUAUAUAUAUUGCUGCAGGGGAGAUAUAUGGGGGUGAGUCUCAUAUGACUGAACUGCGAUCGCGAUAUCCGUUUUUAAUGAGCAAGGAAAAGUUGGCAUCUAUUGACGAACUUGAACCAUUUUCAAAUCACGCAUCUCAAAUGGCUGCUCUUGACUAUAUUGUAUCUAUUGAAAGCGAUGUGUUUGUACAUUCUUACCCUGGAAACAUGGCACGGGUUGUUCAAGGUCAUCGUCGUUUUCUUGGGAAAGGAAGAACCGUAUCUCCAGAUAGCAACAAAGGACUUCUACCAUUUCAUCCUGAUUUGCUAGGUUUGGUUCAGCAUUUCCUUCUACUUUUCUUGAGUGUUGUUGCAUCUGUUAUGGCUCUUCCAAGCCUUGAAACAUCAGGAAGGUUACUUUUACAUCUGAAUGAGGUCAACAGGACAUCUAGUUCUAAAAGAACCAAGAAGUCUAGCUAUAAAGUGGGAUCACUGGUUGAGGCAGAGAUUACUGACAUAAAAACUUUUGAGCUGAAACUGAAGUUUGGAUUUGGCUUACACGGCAGGGUUCACAUAACAGAGGUACAUGAUGCAAAUGAUUUGGAAAAUCCAUUUUCUGGCUACAAAAUUGGGCAAACAGUGACGGCAAGAAUAGUUUCAAAGCCUAAUGAUGCUGAUAGCAGCAGAAAUGGAUCACGGUGGGAGCUUUCAGUCCGACCUGAAAUGGUUACAGGUUCCAGUGACAUAGGAGACAAUAUAUCAGAGAAACUGGACUUUAAGAUUGGGCAAUGUGUGGCUGGUUAUAUAUAUAAAGUCGAAAGUGAAUGGGUCUGGUUAGCAGUUUCUCGAAAUGUUAAAGCUCAGCUACAUAUUCUUGAUAUCAUGAAGGGCAGUUUGUCAAAUCUGUUGUUCUUGAAGUUAACAACACUGUCAGGGGUACUGUUCAGGAGGCUGUUUAAUGUUUUGUUGUUAUUAUGGCAGAGAAUGAUGAUGGAUAUAAAGCUAAAUCCUAUGCAGCAUUCUGUUGCAACUUUAGAGAAAUUGUGUAUGAGCUAUUACAUUUACAAGAACAAAAAUCCUCUUAUUGUUGGAAGAUGA